AUGGCUCUAUCCAAACCCCUUCUUGUGGUCGCCAUUGAUAUCGGUACAACAUAUUCUGGCUACGCCUUCUCCUUCCAACACGAGUUUCUGGCUGAUAAACUCAAGAUUACAACCAACAAGGUUUGGUCAGAUGGGGACAACCACCUUCAGACCUCGUACAAAACCCCGACCUCUGUACUGAUAGACCCGGAUGGACAUUUCCACAGUUUCGGAUAUGAAGCGGAGACAAAGUACCCCCAACUCCCCAAAAACAAGGAGGAAAAAGACUGGUUGUUAUUCCGUCGAUUUAAGAUGAUCCUCUACAAAUCUGAGAUAAGUGAGACUAUGAAGCUGGAGUCGGUGUCCGGACAGCGGUUCAAUGCCCUCAGUGUAUUUGCCAUGUCAGUACAGUACCUUAAGGAGCAUUUCAGUCGAAGCCUUCAGCAGCAAGUGGCUGACUCGGAGAUCCAAUACGUGCUGACGGUACCUGCUAUGUGGGACGAGAACGCCAAGCAGUUCAUGAGGAAAGCCGCUCUACAGUCUGGAAUGCCUGGAGAUCAACUCACUAUCGCACUGGAACCGGAAGCGGCCUCCAUUUUCUGUCAAGCCUUAUUGGCAAACGGCCGAUCAGAUGACAAAUUCUGUGGUACAGUGGACACAACAGUGCACGAGGUGAUGUCCAGCGGGCAUCUCAAAGAACUACACAAAGCCAGCGGGGGAGGUUGGGGCGGCACUCAGGUAGACGACCAAUUCACCGAUCUGUUGGUCAAGAUUUUUACCGUAAAGGCGAUGAAGGAGUUCGGCAAACACCACAAAUCGGAUUGGCUGGAACUUGAGAAAGAAUUUGAAAUUAAUAAACGGAGGAUAUCUAGUAAUGAUGAACAGAAAUUCAGCUUCCGGUUGCCGGCUUCUCUACAUGAAACGUUCAGCUUUCAGAGCAAGUGCUCGUUAGAGGACCAAGUGGCUGAGUCUGGGUUAUCCAGAGAUGUUCGGGCGGCACUCAAGUUGACGACCAGUUCACCGAUCUGUUGCGACAAGAUGAGAAUCAGUGGCAAAGCGAUGCAAGGGUUGAUGAAACCAACUAUCCAUAACAUUAUCACUCAUGUAGAAACACUAAUGGCGGAUCCCAAGUGUAGAGGAAUUUCCCACAUCUUACUGGUGGGUGGGUUUUCUGAAUCGCCACUUCUCCAAGAGGAGUUCCGGAAGACCUUCCGGUCCGUGACUGUGGUCACUCCACUGGACGCCGUCCUGUCUGUGAUGAAAGGGGCGGUGAUAUUCGGCCAUCAGCCCGGUGCCAUUGGAAUCCGUCUGGCUGCCUUUACUUACGGAAUUCGUAGCUUAUCCACUUUUGUUGAUGGGGAACAUGAUCCUGACAAGUUAAUUAUGAUUGAAGGUGAGAGGAUGUGCGAGGGUAUUUUUAACAGAUUUGUUUCUGUUGACGAAGAAGUGCCAUAUGGUAUGGAAACUAAUGAACAUACCUUUAAUCCGAUUCUAUUUAAUUUAAUUUUAUUCUAA